GCCGGUCCCGUUGUAAGCAAUGGAUAGAGAAGAGGGGGCAAAAUCGAUCAGAGUAAAGAAGAAACCAAUGGACGAUGCUCUGGCUUUACGUGUUUCUCGUGCCGGUCCUGUUGGAAGCGGCUCGACGCGGUACGACGUGUUUUUGAGCUUUACAAGUGGCUCCGAUGCCGCUCAUGAUUCCUUCAGCGGUCACCUCCAUGCCAGCCUCACUGCUGCCGGAGUCUCCGUAUGCGGACCUGACGAAAGGCAGGCGAUCGGCUCAUCAUCGCGACUUCCCGACGAGGACGCCCGGCGGUCCAAGAUCUGCAUCCCGAUCCUCUCCGAGGACUACCCGUCCAGCGAACGGUGCCUCCGUGGGCUCGUCCAGAUGAUGGAGGGUAAGAAAAGUGCAAGACAGAAGGUCUUUCCUAUUUUCAACGGAGUGAAGCCUUCGGACGUGCGAAACCUGAGAGGGAGUUUUGGAAAGUCCUUCCAUUCGCGAGGCGCAGAGGACAUCAAGGAAGAGCUGAGAGCACUUAAAGACGUGAGCUUAUUACAUGGAUGGAGGAAGGUCACUGACGGGUCCGAAGAAGAACUAGUGACGAUAGUGGUCCAAACUGUUAUUAGAUGCUUACAGCCAAAUAUACCGAAGGGUCCUCGGAUUGCCCGGUACAACGUAUUCUUGAACUUUAGAGGCGCCGAUACGCGCGAGGGUUUCACCUAUCACCUCUAUACCAACCUCGUGGAUGCCGGAGUUUCUGUUUUCAAAGACGACAUCGACCUUCCCAUCGGUGAGGAGUUCCGCUCACAGCUUCUCAGCGCGAUCACACGGUCUACAAUCUAUAUUGCGGUCCUCUCCCAAAAUUAUGCUUCCAGCAAAUGGUGCCUUCACGAGCUCACGAAAAUGAUGGAAUGCCAGGAGAGCAUGGGACACAUAGUCUUGCCCAUUUACUACAAAGUGGAUCCCUCCGACGUGCGACGCCAAAAGGGGAAUUUGGGGAGUUUCAGGAAUGUCUACUAUUCACGUGAGAAGGGUCUUCGUGGCGGGGAUGCCAUUAUGGAAGGUCUGAGAGUGCUCGAAGAUGUCUGCAACCUUAAAGGAUUACACCAUCAUUAUAAAGGGUACAAACUCACUUCAACGUCUGAUGGAGAACUGAUCAAAGUAGUUGUUCAAGGUGUUUUGAGACAGUUGCGGCAUCACUUUCAACUCGAUGUACCCGAGCACUUGGUCAGAAUUGAUGAUCAUGGGAAGCAGAUUAGACUAGGAGAUGUUGAAGAUUCAACGCCGACACAUGAAUGCUUAUCUUAGCAGUAAUUAAUGGUGGAAGGACAGUGAAAAUACGAUUCCUAAGAGAAGAUACAAAUCCGGAUGUUCUCAUUCGAUGAGUCCUGCAGCGGCACAGCUAGUGGGAAAAUCCUUCAAGUGACGUCGCCUGAUGGGGUCAAGUUUAGAGGAUCUGUUAACUGCGGGGGGUGUUUCGAGUUGUUUUGUCGAGCCACAAGUUGGAGAGUUGGUCUCUUAGAGAGGGUGCUCGUAUUGAUUCGAAUGUAUGAAGACCGAAAACAGCCAGUAGGAUAUAAGUUCUUGCUAAUCAAUUUAGUGUAUGAUAAGUUGAUCUCCUAAUAUUGAUAUUCUUGUAUUUUGUUUCCUA